AUACUUGAGAGGACCACACUACCCUACCUCUCUCUCUCUCUAGAUCUCUCUCUCUCACACACACACCACACCACACCUAUUAUAUUACCCAAUACAUCUCUCUCUCUCUCUCUCUCUCUCUGAGGUUGUGAAAUGAAGAAGAAGGGUAGCCUGAAAAGCCAACAUGGCAAGGGGGAGAAACCACGUGAGAAUGAAGAUGGCAGUGCAUCAUCAAGACAUAUAAGCUUAAGAUACCUGUCAAAGGUUAUUCUCCCUCCAUUGGGUGGUGCUUCAAAUACUAAUUAUAACCAAAACCAGGCUGAAUCCAAAGGCUGGAUCAUCUCUCCAUUGGAUUCCAGAUACAGGUGUUGGGAGACAUUUAUGGUUCUUUUGGUGGCAUACAUAGCAUGGGUAUACCCAUUCGAGGUUGCAUUUCUACAUUCUUCUCUGCCGAGGAAUUUAUUCAUCGCCGACAACAUCGUUGACCUGUUCUUCGCAGUUGAUAUUGUGUUGACCUUUUUCGUUGCUUACAUUAAUCCAAGAACUCACCUACUUGUUCGCGACCCCAGAAAAAUCGCCACGAGGUACCUGUCAACGUGGUUUGUGAUGGACAUAGCAUCAACAAUCCCAUUCGAAGCGCUUGCUUACUUUUUCACCGGGAAACACCAGAAGGGACUCUGUUUCUCCCUCCUUGGUUUGCUCCGCUUUUGGCGUAUUCGUCGCGUCAAGCAAUUUUUCACCAGGCUGGAGAAGGACAUCAGAUUUAGCUAUUUCUGGGUCAGAUGUGCUAGGCUCUUAUCUGUGACAGUGUUCCUAGUGCACUGUGCUGGUUGCAUCUACUACUUACUGGCAGACAAGUACCCCCACGGCGGUCGGACUUGGAUUGGGUCAGUGAUCCCGAACUUCAGGGAAACCAGCCUUACGGUCCGCUACAUCUCCGCCCUCUACUGGUCCAUAACCACCAUGACCACAGUCGGCUACGGCGACAUGCACGCCGUCAAUGCCACCGAGAUGAUCUUCAUCAUCUUCUACAUGCUCUUCAACCUCGGCCUCACUGCCUACUUGAUUGGCAACAUGACUAAUUUGGUCGUUGAAGGCACUCGCCGUACCAUGGAAUUCAGAAGUAGCAUUGAAGCUGCAUCAAACUUCGUGUCCCGGAACAGACUGCCUCAAAGGUUGAAGGAACAGAUUCUGGCUUAUAUGUGCUUGAGGUUCAAGGCUGAGAGCUUGAACCAGCAGGAACUGAUUGAGCAGCUUCCGAAAACCAUAUGCAAAGGCAUCCGGCAGCACUUGUUUUUCCCGACGGUGGAGAAGGUCUAUCUAUUCAAGGGUGCCUCAAAGGAGAUUCUCCUACUCCUGGUUGCAGAUAUGAAGGCAGAGUACGUACCCCCUAGAGAGGAUGUGAUAAUGCACAACGAUGUCCCGGAGGAUGUUUACAUAAUAGCAUCCGGAGAGGUGGAAAUGAUCAGCUGCGAGAUGGAGAAAGAGACAGUGGUUGGGAGCUUGCAGUCAGGGGACAUAUUUGGAGAAGUAGGUGCACUUUGUUGCAGGCCUCAGAGCUUUACUUACCGAACCAAGACCCUCUCACAGCUACUCAGGCUCAAAACCAGUGCCCUGAUGGAAGCGAUGCAGAUCAAACAAGACGACAAUGUCACCAUGUUCAAGAACUUCCUUCAGCAUCACAAAAAGCUCAAGGAUGUGAAAAUUGGAGAUAUAUGGCUUGAGGGUGGGGAAGAAGAUGAUGACCCAAACAUGUCUGUCAACUUGCUCACUGUCACCGAUACUGGCAAUGCCGCCUUCCUUGAUGAGCUUCUUAAGGCAGGGUUGGAUCCUGACAUUGGAGACUCCAGAGGAAGAACCCCACUGCACAUUGCAGCAUCAAAAGGGUAUGAAGAGUGUGUACUGGUACUUCUCAAGCAUGCUUGUAACAUUCACCACAGAGAUAUUGAUGGAAACACUGCACUAUGGGAUGCAAUAUCAGUAAAGCACCAUUCAAUUUUCCGGAUACUUUACCACUGGGCUGCCAUAUCUGACCCUCACACAGCUGGUGACCUCUUAUGCACGGCUUCAAAGAGAAACAAUAUAAUGGUGAUGAAGGAGCUAUUAAAACACGGAUUGCAUGUGGACUCAAGGGACCGCCAUGGCAAAACAGCCCUCCAAAUCGCCAUGGCAGAAAACCACCAAGACAUGGUGAAGCUCCUUGUGAUGAAUGGCGCAGAUGUGGGUGAAACGGAUCCAUCCGAUCUUCCUUGGGCGAAUUUGAAUGAAAUGCUGCAGAAAAGGGAGGUUGGGUACCGGGUAACCUUGCCCGAUGCAUUGCCAAAGGGAGUGAUUUCGAGGGGGGAAGAAGGGGAAGAAAAGAACAAUUUGGGAAGGUUAAAGGGGAUGUCUUCUCCAAGAGUUAGCAUAUAUCGAGGACACCCUGUGAUGAGAAGGGAUAGUUGUUGCACUGAAGCUGGGAGGCUCAUUAGGUUGCCAAACUCACUAGUGGAGCUCAAAAGCAUUGCGGGUGAAAAGUUUGGAUUUGAUGCAAGAAAUGCAUUGGUUUUCAAUGAACAAGGAGCAGAAAUUGACUCCACUGAAGUGAUCAGAGAUAAUGACAAGCUUUACAUAGUUGAAGACUCAAAUUCUCUACUGUAAUCAAAGAUCAUCCAGACAAAGAACUUACUAUAAUUCUCAAGCAACCCUAUGUAUGACUAAUGACUAUACACUUCUUAUAUACACUAGCCUCAAUGGCAGGGGAGUAUUAGUGUGUCUCCUAUAUAUCUGUAAGCUGCUAAUAUGGCCCAUCGUUGAUUGUGGACGUAGACGGCUCGGAUUACGCACUACCCCCUGUGCACUACAGGGUCCCAGAGUUUGGAAUUUAUAUACAUGUAUACUCAAUGAUUGUAACCAUAAAUCUAACAUCAGAUAUGAAUUAUUCGAAUUUUUCUUAUGCUAAUUUCUUGUUAUGUGGGAAUACAA